GGCCGGCGCCGCGCCCCGGGAGCAGCUCGCCAUGGCCGCGGGAGGCCCCGACCUGAGCUCCGAGCCCCCCGCGCGCUCCGCGUCCUCGCUGCCCCUGGCGGCGCUCAACGUGCGCGUGCGGCGGCGCCUGGCGCUGUUCCUGAACGUGCGCACGCAGGUGGCGGCCGACUGGAGCGCGCUGGCCGAGGAGAUGGGCUUCGAGUACCUGGAGAUCCGGCAGCUGGAGGCACGCGCCGACCCCACGGGCAGCCUGCUGGACGCCUGGCAGAGCCGCCCCGGCGCCUCGGUGGGCCGCCUGCUGGAGCUGCUGGAGGCGCUGGGCCGCGACGACGUGCUGGCCGAGCUGCGCCCCAGCAUCGAGGAGGACUGCCAGAAGUACAUUCGGAAACAGCAGCAGGAAGAGAGCGAAAAACCCCUGCAGGUGGCUGUGGUAGGCAGCAGUGUCCCACGGACCCCGGAGCUGGCUGGCAUCACCACGCUGGAUGACCCCCUGGGCCAGGUGCCCGAGCGCUUCGACGCCUUCAUCUGCUACUGCCCCAGCGACAUGCAGUUUGUGCAGGAGAUGAUCCGGCAGCUGGAGCAGACCAACUACCGGCUGAAGCUGUGCGUGUCUGACCGCGACGUCCUGCCCGGCGCCUGCGUCUGGUCCAUCGCCAGUGAGCUCAUCGAGAAGAGGUGCCGCCGGAUGGUGGUGGUCGUCUCGGACGAUUACCUGCAGAGCAGGGAGUGUGACUUCCAGACCAAGUUUGCCCUCAGCCUCUCUCCAGGUGCCCAUCAGAAGCGGCUGAUCCCCAUCAAGUACAAGGCCAUGAAGAAGGAGUUCCCCAGCAUCCUGCGGUUCAUCACCGUGUGUGACUACACCAACCCUUGCACCAAGUCCUGGUUCUGGACCCGGCUGGCCAAGGCCUUGUCCCUGCCCUGAGGCUGGUGCUGGCCUCUGUCCGCCUGCCUGUGCUCUCCCGGCACGGCUUCUCCUGUGGCUGCGUGGGCACCGGUGCCCCCUUUGUCUCUUGACUCUUGGAGCUGCCGGCCCCACAGGACCUCUGCUACAGCCUCACACCAUCUGGGCACCGGGUCUCUUGUCCCACACGGCCCCACCUGCUGCAUUAUCAGCCGGGACCAUGACCAUGGGGCCAGCUGGGCGUGAGUAGAGCCAGCUCCGAGCGAGUCGCCCGCCUCUGGCCCGAGCAGUGACAUGGGAAGGUCAGGCAGUGGCUGUUCUCUGUAGCAAAGCUGAGGCAUUGCUCUGGCUGUGCGCAUGCCCAUGGUCUGGGCCUCAGCCCAGCUGGGCUGUGGAGGGAUCCUGGCCUCUGCUGUAGCCGUCGGACGUGUGCUGGGGCUGGGCCGCCUUGUGCUGUGAGCAGAGAACUUCCGCCUGGGGCCACAUCCGGGAAUCCUGAGUGCCUCAGCCAGCCGUCUGCUUACAGACAGGGACCACACGAGGUUCUGCUGCCCCAGACUCCGGCCACAUGGACACGCAGACUCGCACAGACGCACGUGUGCACACACAGGCCCCCGCGUCUUCCUGGGUGCUGGCGUCCCCCUGGACAAACCUGGGCCACGGCUGUCGUCCUUUGCCCCCCGUCCCUGGUCACUGCCGCCUGACUCUGGGAAGGAGCCGUGAGCGUGCAGGGAGGGCAGCGGCUGCCGGCCUGCACGGCGGGGGAGCGGCCGGCACAGCCCUGUCUACCACCAGAGUGCUCUGUGCUGCACCCUCUUCCACGCAGACCACACAGUGGGCUCAGGUGUCUGGCCCUGGACAGACCCCGGCCCCAGGACCCAAGGGAGACUGUCUCCUGUGCUUCGGGACUGCGUGCCUGCCCUUGGGUCUCAGGGGCCAUGGAGCCCCUCUCUGUCAGCUUCGUGAUGUACGUGGAUGCCACGUGCCUGGCCCCUCCGUGUCGGGCGUUUUAGAGCUGUUGUGAGAAGGCAUCGUCUGGCACUGCUGGGAUCCCAGGAGUUAACCCCAGAUGUCGGAUUGUCAUUCUCCCUCCCGGAUCCCAGUUUGUAAUAAAGAGUAAUCUAUUU